AUGGACGGCGAAAACGUCUGCUCAUAUCUCGCGACACCUCCCAAAUAUGAAGAGUUUCUGGUUUCCUACCUCAUUCCAAACAAUCCAGUUAUCAUUGGCUCCGAACUUGUGUCUUCAUGGCCUGCCUUCAAGGAAUGGGUGCUACCCGGCCAGCGGAUCAAUUGGGACUAUCUGUCCAAGAAUUACGGCCAACAGACCGUUACUGUGGCGGAUUGUUCCACUCGCGAAUUCAGCGACCAAAAGCGGCAGACAAUGCUUCUACGUGAUGUAGUUGCAUUAUGGAAAGCUGGGAAAGGGGAUUCGCUUUAUGUCAAGGACUGGCAUCUUGCGCGAGCAGUUUUGGGAUCGGAAGAGUUCUACUCGACACCUGAGAUCUUCCAGGACGAUUGGAUGAACGACUACUACUCGGCCUGCACAGAUGAUGACUUUCGCUUUGUCUAUGUCGGUGCUGCAGGCACGUUCACACCGCUGCAUCGGGACGUCUACUCGUCGUACUCCUGGUCAACGAAUGUCUGCGGGAGAAAGCGCUGGUGGCUCUUUCCGCCUGAACAGACGUCAUAUCUAUUCAGGAAAGGACGCGAAGAGCAUUUAGAGACAGCCUUCGACGUGAGGGAUGUGGAUCCAAUGGAAGUUCCCGAAUUUGUGAAGGCGAAGCCCAUUGUAGUUGAACAGAAGGAAGGAGACACGAUUUUCAUCCCAAGCGGGUGGUACCAUCAGGUCGAAAACCUGACAGCUUGCAUAUCCAUUAACCACAAUUGGUGCAACUCCGUAAACCUCCCUUCUCUAUAUGAAUCAAUGUGCGCCAAGGUACUCGAGGUCGAACAUGCAUUGGAAGAUGUGAAGGACAUGCUCUCCGAAAAUGCACCUGAGGAUGACGAUUGGCAGCAGGAGUGGGUGCAGAUCGUGCAGGAUGUAGUUGAGAAGGAUGCAGGAUGGAACUGGGUAACGUUUUGGAAGAUGGUCCUUCAUGCGUUACAAAUAGCAACGUAUAAUUCCAACGAGAGUACAGUUGCAGCAGGACACUGGAAGCCUGCACCUCCCGAACUGAGGCCUCCAUGGAGCUUCGUCAAGGAACGUGUCCAGAAAUGCUACGAUGAUUUCAUUCAACGGGACCGUCGAGAAUUCGCUCUCAUCAAAAGCCUUAACGAGGUCCUGCUGGCGAUCGAAGCGCACCUCGCCUGA